AAGAUUUGGGCGAGAAAGUGCGCGGGAGCCGCGCGACCGAGCGCCACUGCGCAGGCGCGAGCGGGGGCCGGACCGGCGCGCUGGGGAAUCUCGGCGCUUCCUAGGCUGGCAGUCGGGCAGAGUCGUCGGGCCGUCGCCAUGGCCGCCUACAAGCUCGUGUUGAUCCGGCACGGCGAGAGCGCCUGGAACCUGGAGAACCGCUUCAGCGGCUGGUACGACGCCGACCUGAGCCCGGCGGGGCACGACGAGGCCAAGCGCGGCGGACAGGCGCUGCGAGAUGCUGGCUAUGAGUUUGAUAUCUGCUUCACCUCUGUGCAAAAGAGAGCAAUCCGGACCCUCUGGACAGUGUUGGAUGCCAUUGACCAGAUGUGGCUGCCAGUCGUGAGGACUUGGCGCCUCAACGAGCGCCACUAUGGAGGGCUGACUGGCCUCAAUAAAGCGGAAACUGCCGCCAAGCAUGGUGAGGCCCAGGUGAAGAUCUGGAGGCGCUCCUUUGAUGUCCCACCACCUCCAAUGGAGCCUGACCACCCCUUCUACAGCACCAUUAGCAAGGACCGCAGGUAUGCUGACCUCACUGAAGAUCAGCUGCCUUCCUGUGAGAGCCUGAAAGACACUAUUGCCAGGGCACUGCCCUUCUGGAAUGAAGAAAUAGUUCCCCAGAUCAAGGAGGGGAAGCGGGUACUGAUUGCAGCCCAUGGCAACAGCCUCCGGGGCAUCGUCAAGCAUCUGGAAAGUCUCUCUGAGGAGGCCAUCAUGGAGCUGAACCUGCCGACUGGUAUUCCCAUCGUCUACGAGUUGGACAAGAACUUGAAGCCCAUCAAGCCCAUGCAGUUCCUGGGGGAUGAAGAGACCGUGCGUAAAGCCAUGGAAGCUGUGGCUGCUCAGGGCAAGGUCAAGAAGUGAAGGCGAGCAGGCGGACUAGUUCCAGGGAUGCUCUCCCUGCCUUCCCAUUCCUGUCCCUCUCCCUUGCACAUUCGCACUGACCACAUCUGUGGGCAUCUUCCUUAGUAGCCACAGAUAGGGAUCAGUGGCUCCCAGUUUCAUUUUCCCCAUCUUGUCUCUUGCACCCACUCCCUUCACACAUUCAGUCAGAACGACACCUCUGGGGCCUCAGGCCAAGCCAAGGAAUGACUGAGUAGGAAGUCAGGGGGCUUUGCUAGUGUUUUGUUUAUUACUUAGGACAAGUUUAAGUGGGGAUAAGGAAGAACUAUGCUGAGGCCUGGUUAAUGAGACACACAGGAGCCUGCUUAUUCCCAGGAGACAGGCCUGUAUUGCUCCUUCAGGUAACUGGAGAGGGUGUGGGUUCUAGUCAUUCCAGUAAAAGGUGAAUGUCAUCUGCAUGGUGAGUCAACCAACUUUUCCUCUCUCACCCCAGAGGACUGGGAUCAAUUCUGAAUGUUUUUGUGUUGCAUUUACUUACACAAAAAGAUCAAUAUAGGUAGAUAAAACAAACCCUUCUGGUUUUUCUAGUGGCAAUUGAAAUAGUUGCACAUGUGGUCAUCAACCUCAUUGGCAUGGGGAAUCCUUGACCUCAGGCUUACGGGGCUUCUCCUGCUGGGUUUUAGGGCCCCUCUGCCUUCCUAGUCUGUGGCAGUGAAAUGCUAGUCGAUUGUGUCCAAGCGUGUCUUACCGUCUCAUUUCUGAAUCAUGUUCCCGUUGCUUGGUACUCAUUUGAGCAUAACUGUACUAAAGUAAUCCUUUUUUCCGGAUCAGUAUAAUAAAGGAGUGAUGUGCAAUA